AUGGCGUUUGCGCGGUCCCAACGGACAGCGGCCCCCGCUGACCCGGAGCCGUCGGAGUCGCUGUGCAACGUGGAGGACGAGUACUGUGAGGAGUUGGAGGACCAGCGCAACCUCCAACUGGAAGAAGAGAGUCAGGUCUUGCGGGUCUCCCGUGCCUGGAGCGAAGGCACCUGGGCCGCCGACUGGGGCCCGGAGGGCCCCACCUGGCCCUCUCUGGUGCCUGACGGGCGCCGGCGCCGCAACGUCGGCAGCGUGGAUGGCUGGCGCUUCGACGACGCGCUGACCAUCCAAACUAUUCUCCGUGUAGUGCUGCCCACAGUGGGCGCACUGGUGGGUGGCGCGGCCAUCUACGCACCCAUUUGCUUCUGGUUGCAGGACAUGCUCGACAUCGGUAACACCGGGCGAGGGCCUAUCUUGCAGCUGCUGGCGAUGGACCAGUCCCAAUUCAUGCAGAACUUCCUGACGGUGAACGGCUUGCUGUUCACCAUCCUUUGCGGCAAUACUUACACUUCCCUCUACAACCAGCAAGAGAUCCUUUUCCACGCCCUCUUCGUUGAGGUCUCUGAGGCGAAGAGCCUUCUGGAGCAAGCCUGUUUGGUGUGCCAGGGCCGGCCUUUCUAUCCCAAGAUGCUGGACAGCAUCGGAGACUACGUGUCCACAGAUCUGCGGCGCUUGGAUGCGGAGCCCGCGGAGCUCUUGGCGAACCGCCCCAUGGACGACCCCUUGGAGUACAUCCUCUACGCCACCUCAGUUGGAGUGCCCUCCAUCAUCUACGACACCAUUCGAGACCUCCGGCAGGCUCGGGGCAUGCGCCUGGGGGCCAUGCAGCGGAAGCUGCCGGCCAUCCACUUCUUGCUGCUUUACGUGCUGGGCUUGUUGGAGCUCAUGGCAUUUCCGCUGCUCGGCGCCGGCACUUUCUCCAUGGCGCCGGACGAGAAGAUCCUCAGCAUCCAGGCGCUCUUCUUCGGGGCUAUGGCAGGUGCCAUCGUCAUGACGCUGCAGGUGAUCUACGAGCUUUGGAAGCCCUUCGGGGGGGCCUACACCGUGGACACGGCGUUGGAGAAGAUGGUCCGAGGGCUCGAGGAGGAGCUGCGGGUACGGAAGGCACUUUGGCAGCCGCAGGGCUCCAGCCAGUGACACGAAUUCGCGUGCGAAUGCAUAGUUGAGCAGUUCCGGAGGAUGCGGGAGUUUUCAGGAGCCUCUUUUCUCUUUGGGGA